GCGGGUCGCGACGAGGCCGCGAUGCGGCUGCUGAGUCGGCGCGGAGGUGACAUUUCUGGAAGCGGCGGGGCGCUGUUGUUCGGGAGGGUGCAGUCGCGGAAUCCGUAGCCGGAAGAGCCGGGCAGGGCAGGGUGAGCCGCGUGGGGAGCAUGAACCACAAAAGCAAGAAGCGCAUCCGUGAGGCGAAGCGGAGCGCGCGUCCCGAGCUCAAGGACUCCCUCGACUGGACUCGCCACAACUAUUGCGAGAGCUUCCCGCUGAACCCGGCGGGCUGUAAGGAUAAUGUGGAAAGAGCAGAUGCCCUCCAUUUGUCAGUGGAAGAAUUCAUUGAAAGAUAUGAGAAACCAUAUAAGCCUGUUGUCCUGUUAAAUGCUGAGGCAGGGUGGUCAGCCCAAGAGAAGUGGACUAUGGAACGUCUGAAGCGCAAAUACAGGAACCAGAAAUUCAAGUGUGGGGAGGACAACGAUGGUUAUUCUGUGAAAAUGAAGAUGAAAUAUUACAUUGAAUACAUGGAGACCACACGAGAUGAUAGUCCUCUCUAUAUAUUUGACAGCAGUUAUGGGGAGCAUCCAAAGCGCAAAAAACUUUUGGAGGACUAUAGGGUACCCAAAUUCUUCACUGACGAUCUGUUCAAAUAUGCAGGAGAGAAGAGGCGGCCACCUUACAGGUGGUUUGUGAUGGGCCCACCUCGUUCAGGAACAGGUAUCCACAUUGACCCUCUGGGAACCAGUGCCUGGAAUGCCUUAGUCCAUGGACAUAAGCGCUGGUGUCUCUUUCCUACCAGCACUCCCAGAGAACUGAUCAAAGUGACUCGCGAAGAAGGAGGCAACCAGCAAGAUGAAGCCAUCACUUGGUUCAGAGUAAUAUACCCCCGAACGCAACUUCCCACUUGGCCUUCAGAGUUCAAACCUUUGGAAAUAGUACAAAAACCUGGAGAGACUGUGUUUGUGCCAGGUGGCUGGUGGCAUGUUGUUCUCAAUCUUGACACGACUAUUGCUGUCACUCAGAAUUUUGCCAGCUGUACAAACUUCCCUGUGGUGUGGCACAAGACAGUGAGGGGAAGACCGAAGUUAUCCAGAAAAUGGUACAGGGUCCUCAAGCAGGAACAUCCUGAACUAGCUGUACUAGCUGAUUCUGUUGACUUACAAGAAUCAACGGGCAUUGCUUCAGACAGUUCUAGUGAUUCAUCUAGUUCUUCCAGCUCCAGUUCUUCAGAUUCUGACUCAGAGUGCGAUUCUAGCUCUGAAACUGAAGGAAUGGUCCAUCGAAGAAAAAAGCGGAGAAUAUGCAGCAUGAUGGGAAAUGGUGAUACUACCUCUCACGAUGACUGUGUGAGCAAAGAGCGUAGCUCUUCCAGGAGUCAACAAGGACCUUUGCAACCACCACCGCCUCCGUCCAUACCUCCUUCUCAAGUGGGACAUGCCACAGUCCCUGGUUCUGGCAUCUCUGAGACUUCCUCCCAGCUAGGGGAGGAGGGGUCAAUGGACCUGGAGAUAGCCAACAUGCCCAUGUCAGAGGAUGAGGAGGCAGCGCCUGAACAGGUGUCAACUUCGGGUCUUUUUGACCCUUCUCUCUUCAGGUCUCUACUUAUGAAGGCCUGUACCACUGCCAACCUCACUUCAGUACAGGAAGAGAAACCCUCCACAUCCACCAGCCAAGAGUCUAACCCCUUGUUCGCAGAACAGGUUGUAGAGGAGAAGCAGAUUCCUUGCCCGCACAUCUUUCGUACUACGGUGGAGAAACAGUGGACAUCUCUGGCUACGUUACCUUCUCCCAGUAGUACAGAAAAGAAACUUUACAACGUUUCUUCUUCUUUUGCUUCCCUCUUAGAGAUGCCUUCUGUGGAUACUCCUCUAACUUCUUUGUUUUCCACAUCUGCAAUUCCAGGGGAUAUGGCUGAGGCCCUGAAGGCAGAGGACAAGAAGUUCGAGUUCUCCCUUCGCCGAGCUCACCAGGCCUCGGCGUGGGCAAUUAAGGCUGCGACUUCAUCUUCCUUUUUCGCAAGGGCAUCAAUCAUGUGGCUCCGCGAAAUCCAGGCACUCAUUCCCCCUGAUCAGGUUCGGACACAUCAGACACUAGGGAAGCUAGUGGCAGCUUCAGAGUACAUGGCAGAUGCUUCUCUUCAUUCGGCCAGGUAUUCCGCUAGAUCUAUUGCAGCCACAGUAGCUUCUCGGAGACUACUAUGGCUGAAACAGUGGCGGACUGACUUAAAGUCCAAGUGGCGUCUGUCGACGGCCAAGUACAGUGGUACACACUUAUUCGGUUCAGUCCUCGAACCACACAUAAUUGAGGGCAAGGACAAACGUAAGAUCCUGGCACACCCCUCCAAAAGGUCGGAUAGGCGGCCCCAGCAGGAGUUUCGCAGGCAGACUUUCCGUCCCAGUGGUUCCUGGGAGUGGAGGCAGCCCUUUCGGACCGGGCAGUCCUGGGAGUGGCCCAGAGGCUCGCAAUCCUUUCCUCCCAGGCAGGAUCGUCAACAGGACCGCCAGAACACAGGAACCAGGGGCCAAUUCCAGUCCAAGCAUCCCUUCCGGGGCUCCAGGGGCCGUCCCUACAGGCGGUCCAAGUGACGCCAAGGAGGACUCCCCCAUAGUGGGUCGCCUGGCACGGUUCAGCGAUGUUUGGGAGGUCACCAUCACCGACUCUUGGGUCAGAGAGACCAUAAAACACGGUCUCACUCUAGAGUUUUACUCACCUCCUCCAGAUCGUUUCAUACAGUGCCCAGUAUUGCGAAACACAACCAAGGCAGAGUUAGUAGCCACGGCCAUCUCCCAUUUGAUAGAAAUCAAGGCCAUAGAACAUGUACCACAGGAUCAGGUAGGAGAGGGGUUUUACUCCAUUCUGUUCGUGGUCCCCAAAGCCUCAGGGGGAUGGAGGGCGAUACUGGACUUAAAGGGUCUGAAUUACUUCUUGACCUACAGAAGGUUCAAGAUGCAGACCCUAAAGUCCAUUCUGGCCAGCAUCAGAAAUGGGGACUUCCUAUCCUCCAUAGACCUGACAGGCAUACUUACACAUCCUGAUACUUCCAGAACACCGCAGGUUCCUUCGGUUUUGUUACGCACAUCGGCAUUACCAAUACAGGGCUCUUCCCUUUGGUCUCUCUUCAGCCCCAAGGGUUUUCACAAAAAAUUUGGCAGUAUUGGCAGCCCACCUCAGGAUGAUGCCAGUGCGCGUGCAAUGCUAUGAGACAAUAUUCUAGUGCAAUCCAGCUCCUUCCAGUCAGCUCAGUCAGACCUGGGAAUCACAAUACAUACACUUCAGGUUCAUAGGUUCUCCGUGAACUUCAAAAAGAGCCACACGAUCCCCACAAAGCGCCUCCUUCAUCUAGGGGCGAUUUUUAUAAAGUCAGAUCUUUGCAAAGUUUAUCUUUCACAGGAGCGUCGGGUUAGCAUCCGAAAGCUCGUAUACCAGGUUUGGAGAGAGAAAGCAGUGCCUCUGGUCCAGCUGUCUCAACUCCUGGGAAAGAUGGUUUCUUGCAUGGGGAUCGUUCCGUGGGCCAGACUUCACUCCAGAAGCCUUCAGUGGUUCCUCCUUCCCUUCCAGAAAUGGAACCUCAGUGCAUCCACCAGAAAGGUCAGGGUUCCUCACCUCACUCUGUUAUCUCUUCUAUGGUGGGCUUCAUCCGCAAUGACCAAGGGGACCAUUUUCAAGGAGCCUCUCAGGCUCACCUUGACUACAGACGCCAGUCUGUUCGGUUGGGGCGCCCAUCUUCAGACUCAUCUGGCUCAGGGACAGUGGUCCCGGUCGGAUUUAGCUCACAACAUAAAUUGGCUCGAACUCAGAGCCAUACCCUUAGCACUCUGCCGGUUUUCCUCCCUAGUGUCGGGAAAGCACAUCCUGAUUCUGACAGACAAUGUGGCAGCCAAGGCUCACGUCAACAAACAGGGAGGAACCUGGUCAUGGUCACUCAUGCAGGAGGCCUUGGAUCUAGGUCUGUGGGCAAAGUCCACUCUGGGUUCCGUAAGGGCAGAACACAUAUCGGGGGAGGCAAAUUGACAAGCAGAUUCCCUGAGCAGGGUCACAGUAGACCACUCGGAGUGGCACCUGGACCCGGCACUGUUCAGGGAAAUCUCGAGCAGGUUUGGUCAUCCGCAUCUGGAUCUCUUUGCCUCCCCGAUGAACACCCAACUCCCCAGGUUCUUCACCAGGUUCACGACACGGGGGGCGGAGGGAACGGAUGCCCUCCGGUGCAAGUGGCCAGAGGGCCUGCUUUAUGUCUUUCCUCCCCUCCUGUUGUUACAGGCAACUAUCCGCAAACUGAUUCAGGAACAGGUGGAGAUAAUCUUAAUUGCUCCACAUUGGCCACAGCGUCUGUGGUUUGCCGACCUUGUGGAUCUAUCGCUCUUGCCACCGUGGAGGAUUCCCCUGGACCGAGUGACUCUCAGCCAAGGGAAUCUUCAACAUCCAGAUCCACAGUGGCUCCAGUUGGCCGCUUGGCACUUGAGCAGGAAAGUUUAGGUAGGCAAUCCUAUUCGUCCGGCGUGAUCUCAAUGAUUCAAGCCUCAAGGCGUCCCUCGACUAAUAGGAUUUAUGAUGCCACAUGGAGGAACUUCUGCACGUGAUGCACUAAGCAACAGCUCAGGCCGCUAUCGGUCACCAUUCCUAGCAUAUUGGAAUAUCUGCUGGAAGGUUUGAAUAAGGGUUUAUCACCUAGUACCAUCCGCAGGCAGGUUGAGGCUUUGUCAACGAUUCUUACCUGUGACAACUUGGUUCUUUUAUCGCAACACCCGGCAGUUAGUGCUUUUCUGAAAGGGGCGGUUAAUUCUAGACCACCUGCGGUGCAUCGCUAUCCAUCUUGGGACUUGCCUAAAGUGUUACAGGCUUUAACCUCUCCUCUGUUCAAACCUCUCAGGUCUUGUUCUCUUAAUUUUCUUUGAAAGUGGCAUUCUUAGUAGCUAUCACUUCAGCCAGGUGGAUUUCAGAAUUGGCCGCACUCUCAGUUAGGAGUGAUUUAUGUAUGUUUUUCGAGGAUAGGGUGGUCCUCAGAUUGGACCCUUCCUUUAUUCCAAAGGUCAAUACAUGGUUUCAUAGGUCCCAAGAUCUGGUUCUUCCAAAUUUUUGUCCUCAUCCAUCACAUCAUCGGAAAAGACAGUGGCAUAAGUUGGAUGUGCGCAGGGCUCUGCGCCACUAUGUCAAGCGAACCUCGGCCUUUCGCAAGUCAGAGGCCUUGUUCGUGUCCUUUCAGCCCUCCGCCAUGGGUCAGAGGUCUCCUCUUCCACCAUUGGUAGAGCAUGCAUUGCUCGGGCCUAUCUUUCUCAGUCACUUCCAGUUCCUACACACAUCACGGCUCACUCGAUGCGUAGCGCAGCUGCAUCAGCGGCCUGGUCCACCCAGGCUUCGGUUGAGGAGAUCUGUAGGGCAGCGACGUGGUCCUUACAAGAUUGAUAGGUUUGCAGUGGCGGACAAUGCAUUUGGUAGACGGGUUCUACAGCAAGUAGUUUCUUCUCGGGACACAAGCCUAGACUUUUCCCUCCCCGUAGAGACAUGAGCGGCUUUGGUACGUCCCACCAGUGGAUUCUACAUUCAUCAUGCUGGAGAAGGGGCGUUGUCUUACCUGAACGCCUUUUCUCAGCAUGAUAAUGUAGAAUCCACACCCUCCCGUUAAGGUAGUCUGGGCAGGUGUCAUGAUUAUUGGAGCCAUUGUGCCAGACUUCAUCAUGGAUACUUCGCCUCGUCAAUAACUGGGAAGACACACCCAGAGGGAGGCAUGGCUAAAGUUCUGACUUAGUCUCAUCUGAGCAGGAAGGCUGAAAUUACCCACCGGUGGAUUCUACAUCAUCAUGCUGAGAAAAGGCGUUCAGAAUUAGGGAAUCUUGUGGAAGUCGUGCUCAUCCAUGAAAGAUAACAAGACCUUCUGCAGAUAGUUGCGACCAGACAGAUGUCUUCUGUUCCUCCCACCAGCUGUAUACUUGAAGCUUUUGAAGACUUCCCUGCUCCAAUUUUAUUUUUAAAUCUAACUUCUAACUUUUAACUUCGGUUCCCUGUUAACAAAGUCUGACAUCUUGCUAACUAAAGGAGAACGCUCAAGAUUUGUUUUUCCAUAUUCUACCAGACAACGGUAAUAAACAGAAGGCACUUCUGAUGUCUACAAAGUCAUAACAUGGUUUCCAACACUAUACAGUCAACAAAGGAAAUGGCAAAUUGCUAUUAACAAAACUGUCUUUAAAACAAACCCUGCUCCAAUAUUGUCAUAUGUUUACAAGAUGAAUUCUAGUGCAACCGGGGUUCAGACAUGCUACCAUUAGUCUGCAAUUGGCCAGCAGAUCCUUCAUUAUAGCACAAAUGAACCAAGAUGAUUCUCCUAUUGUGUAAAUUAUUACAUGUAAAAGCACCUUUUAUAAUUCUGAAUUUAUCAGUAUCAUCAGUCCAACCAUGGAGUAAUGAGACUCUCAAGUAUUGUUUGAACCAGCAAUUCACCCUCAUUGCUUCAUUUUUUUCUAUUUUAAUAUAUAAAAAAAAAACCCUGCAGAUACUUGCAGUCACUUUGGAAUUAUAACCCAGAAACAAAUGGAGAUGGGAGAAACUAGCUGCCUCAUUUAUCUCUCCCUGUGGGAAUUUCUGGAAACAUGAACGUAGAUUUUUUUUUUUUCCUAAAAGGAGUGGAUAGAGUCUGAACAAAUAUAAAUAAAAUACCUAUUUAAUGAGGAA